AUGGCCGACGCAGCCCCCGCCAACGACGCACCACCGCCGCCUUACGAGCCUCUUCCGAGCACGCUGCACCGCCUGCCGCCCGAACUGCGCGAACGCAUCUACGAGCAUGCCCUGCGCUCACAUACAACCAUCUGGUGGCCGCCCGCCACGGCGAGCCAGCCCGGCAUCGCGACUCAGCUGCUCACCACCAGCCGCACCGUCUACCACGAAGCCGCGCCGAUCCUGUACUCGUCGAACCGCCUGAUGUUCACACACCCCUCAGACGCCAACAUGUUCGUCCACAUAUUCUCGCCCGAGUACGCGCGCCUGGUGACGUCGGUGUGCCUGCGCAUCCGGGACCGCGACGUGCGCCUGUGGUCGGCCUAUCUCAGCAGCACCUCGCCCUCGCGCAGCCUGGCCGCCGACUUCCCACGCCUCAAGUCGCUGUGGGUCUUCUACCGCAGCAACUUCUGGUCGCCGCGCGCCAUCGACAUCAUCGAGUCCUUCUACCGCUGGCUCGACGACCCCGCCCUGCGCGAGAUCUGCCUCAACCUCGAGGAGCGCGUGCCCCCCGGCGUCGACAUCAAGCUGGUCUGCGUCCACCGCGUCCCGCGCGAGCACAUAGCCACCCUGACCCACAACCUGCCCAACGAGUUCCAGGUCAACAAGGGCGGCAGCGGCGAGGCCAGGACCGCCUUCCGCCCCUACGACCAGCGCAUGGAGAAGUCCAUCAUGGUCGCCCUGGAGCUGACCCCGGUCGAGCCGAUAAUGAUGUAUACUUGA